UCGCCACAGAAUCAUCACAAGCAUAGCUUCCUGCUCUUCCCUCUGGGUGAUUGGGGUUGCUACAGUACUCUCUCGUUUCCUUCUCUUUCUGCUAGUGGCUGUGCUGCUCUUUAUCCUGGGCGCUCCCUUCCACGCUCCCUCCAUUAUCCCGCGCACGAGGUGCCUCCGUUGCCUCAAACCAUCAAGAUGAGUGGCGGUUGGAAUACCAUUGAGUCCGACGCAGGCGUCUUCACUUUUCUUCUCGAGAACCUCGGCGUUAAAGAUGUGCAAUUCGAGGAGCUGAUCAGUAUGGAUCCCGAGGCCCUUGCCCAGCUGCACCCGGUCUACGGCGUCAUCUUCCUCUUCAAGUAUCCGACAGACACCCCGUAUACGUCCGCGGAGAAGCCCCUCGAAGGCACCUUCGACCACGAUGCCGCGGUGAAUCUCUGGUUCGCCAACCAGACCAUUCAGAACGCCUGUGGGACCCAGGCCGUCCUCUCCGUGCUCAUGAACAAACAGAAUAAGCAAAGCCCUGAAGGCCCAGAGGCGGGAUACAUUGAUGUCGGCGAGCCACUCCGCGAGUUCCACGACUUCACAGAGAGCCUCCCUGCUGAGUUCCGCGGCGAGGCUCUGUCCAAUAGUGUAUUGAUUCGAGACGUGCACAAUGCGUUUGCGAAAAGCCAACCAUUCGUGGACGAGACCCAGCGCCAAAUCGGCGAGCCAGAGGAUGUCUACCACUUCAUUGCUUACACACCCAUCGGCGGCACGCUGUACGAGAUGGACGGUCUGCAGCCUGCGCCCAUUAGCCACGGGCCUUGCACCCAGGAGCAGUUUCCCGCGAUAGUCAUGGACGUCCUGCAGCGAAGGAUCAACCGUUACGACACUGCUGAGAUUAGAUUCAAUCUCUUAGCCAUGGUGCGCGACCUGCGCAUUCGCGCCAAUGAGAUUGGUGACGCGGAGUUGCUCGAGCGUGAGGGGCAGAAGCGUUGGGAUUGGCAAUUCGAGAACGCUCUGCGGAGGACCAACUUGAUUGGCUUUGUGGGAGAGGUGCUGAAGGGAGUAGUGGCCGACAAGCUGAAGACGGGCGGCGAGGAUGCCUACCAAAAGUGGGUGGAUGCUGGGCAUUCGAAGAUGAAGCAGCGGAUAGACACCAAGAAGAAAAAGACAGGUAUGGCGGAGGAUGUAGAGAUGGGAGGUUGAACGGAAGGAAACAUCAUGAACGCCGAGGCCGAUGAUGGGCAGGUUUAGACAACUCGUCGGCGACCUAUAUUUAUACCCCUGAAGGACGCAUUCUCUCUUUCCGCUACU